AGUAAGUAGACCGGACUCCGGCGUGACCUUUUCCUUUUCGGGUCGGGUGUAAGGUUAUUGGGCCGUGAUGUUCGCGAAGGGCCUCGGCAUCCAUUAUCACUAGUACAUACCAGAGAGUUGAGCAGAGAGAGAGAAAAGGAAAGAGAACGGAUGACGACGAUUCGUAGAUUUAGCUGCAAUGACCUUCUCCGCUUCGCCUCAGUCAAUCUAGAUCAUCUUACUGAAACUUUCAACAUGUCAUUUUACAUGACAUACAUGGCAAGAUGGCCGGACUAUUUCCACGUCGCAGAAGCUCCUGGUGGCAGAAUCAUGGGAUACAUUAUGGGAAAAGUUGAAGGGCAAGGUGAAUCUUGGCAUGGCCAUGUCACUGCAGUAACUGUGGCUCCUGAAUAUCGGAGGCAGCAAUUAGCCAAGAAAUUGAUGAACCUGCUGGAAGAUGUCAGUGAUAAGAUUGAUAAGGCUUACUUUGUGGACCUGUUUGUGAGAGCAUCAAAUACGCCAGCCAUAAAGAUGUAUGAGAAGCUCGAUUAUGUAAUAUAUAGGCGAGUUUUACGUUAUUACUCAGGGGAGGAAGAUGGUUUGGAUAUGAGGAAGGCUUUAUCGCGAGACAUAGAAAAGAAGUCUAUCAUCCCGCUUAAGCGGCCAGUAACUCCGGAUGAAUUGGAGUAUGACUGAGUCAGUAAUAACUGUUACCAUGUGUAUCUUUCAACAAGCUAUGUUCAGGCAUCAAGAAGUCCAUCUGAAAAUGUGUUAAGAUCAGGAGUCCGGGCUCUUGUGUCUUUCUGAAAAUGGAUACAUUUUAUUUUAGUGCUCUGCCAAUGAGUAAAGAUAUUUUGGGUUAGACAUGUUGAUCCUUUGAUCAUUAUAUUAUGUUUAAGAACAUGUGCUAGAAAUCUGGCCUUGUGUUUUGGCUGCAACCGCCGGAGCAUAUCGUGUGUGUAUUGGUCAAGACGUGUUAGCGAGUAGUUUAAGCAAUGAAAUGCGUGCCCUUUUGGUAAGAUUGAUUUGAAA